AUGGGCCCCAGGCGGCCCCCUAUGGACAGGCGGAUGCUCCUGGUCUGCAGCUGUAUCCUGGCAGCAGCUUUAGGCCAAAUGAAUUUCACAGGAGACCAGGUCCUUCGAAUUCUGGCCAAAGACGAGGAGCAGCUUUCACUUCUCAGGAAGCUGGAGGGCAUGAAGCCCCAGAAGGUGGAUUUCUGGCGUGGCCCGGCCAGGCCCAGCCUCCCCGUGGACAUGAGGGUUCCUUUCUCUGAACUGAAAAACGUCAAGUCGUAUCUGGACUCUCACGGCCUCGAUUACAGCGUCAUGAUCAAGGACAUCCAGGUGCUGUUGGAUGAGGAGAGAGAAGCCAUGGCGAAAUCCCGCCGGCUGGAGCGUAGCACCAGUAGCUUCAGUUACUCCUCUUACCACACCCUGGAGGAGAUAUAUAACUGGAUCGAUAGUUUUGUAACAGAACAUUCAGAUAUUGUCUCAAAAAUCCAGAUUGGCCAGAGCUUUGAAAACCGGUCCAUUCUUGUCCUGAAGUUUAGCACUGGAGGUUCUCAGCGUCCAGCCAUCUGGAUCGACACUGGGAUUCACUCCCGGGAGUGGAUCACCCAUGCCACCGGCAUCUGGAUUGCCAAGAAGAUUGUCACUAAAUAUGGCAAAGACCCUGUCUUGACAAACAUACUGAACGCCAUGGACAUCUUCAUGGAGAUUGUCACCAACCCUGAUGGGUUUGCUUUUACCCACAGCAUGAACCGCCUGUGGCGGAAGAACAAGUCUACCAGACCUGGCAUCUUCUGCAUCGGUGUGGAUCUCAACAGGAACUGGAAGACGGGUUUUGGAGGAAAUGGUUCUAACAAAAACCCCUGCUCAGAGACUUACCACGGACCCUUUCCUCAGUCAGAGCCAGAGGUGGCUGCCAUUGUGAAGUUCAUCACAGCCCAUGGGAAGAUCAAGGCCCUCAUCUCCAUCCACAGCUACUCUCAGAUGCUCAUGUACCCUUAUGGGCACACACUGGAGCCUGUUUCAAAUCAAAGGGAGUUGUACUAUCUGGCCAGGGAGGCAGUGAAGGCCCUGUAUGAGGCCCACGGGGUCGAGUACAUCUACGGGAGCAUCAGCACCACCCUUUACGUGGCCAGUGGAAUCACCGUUGACUGGGCCUACGACAACGGCAUCAAGUACGCCUUCAGCUUUGAGCUCCGGGACACCGGGCGCUAUGGCUUCCUGCUGCCGGCCACACAGAUCGUCCCUACCGCCCAGGAGACAUGGAUGGCCAUUCGUACCAUCAUGGAGCACACCCUGAAGCACCCCUACUAGGGGCUAGACCCAGGGCACCCCCCGAGGCCUGGGGCUCCUCCUGAAACCCAAGUUAUGCAUCGCCCUCCCCGUA